AUGAAAGUUUACAUGUCCCUCGCCCUCGGGCUUGCUCUUGGUGCGAAUGCUGCGGACCAUGGCUCAACAUAUGGAGGCUCUGGCCCUUACAAGUCGUAUUAUUUCGAGGUUGAAUCACUUUCAAAUCACACCUUCUACCAACCGCUAGAGUCUGGCCUGAAGGAGUACGGCUCUGACCUCAAACUCCCGGUUAUUGUCUGGGGAAAUGGCGGCUGCGAUCCAUGGCACUACGUUUUGAAUAUUUUCCAUUCAACACCCAAGAUCGGCCUCAAAUUCCGCAACUUCCUCGGCGAGAUAACCUCCUGGGGCUCGUUAGCCAUCGCGACAGGCGCAGCCUUCACCGACCCAGAAACCUACGUUGACUCCUCCAACUCAUCCGGCCAAGCAACAGGCCAGAAUCCCGCCGCGCUGACCGAAGCAAUCGACUGGGUGUACGAAAAUGCCGGAAAAGGCGACUGGACGCACAUCGAUAAAACCCGGAUCGGCGUCUGGGGGCAGAGCUGUGGUGGGCUGGAAGCGUACACUGCCGGCGCGCAUGACGAGCGUGGUGAGCGCGAUUAUGCUUCUCUUCCGGAGAGUACGCCCGCGUGGAAGGGAAGUCAUACGCUUGGGCAUAGCGCUGCGUAUGAUUUGCCGAACGCGGGGAUUUCGGGUGUUACGGCGAGGAAGAUCAUGCAGUGGGUUCUUCGGGGGGAGGACAGUGCAAGGAGCUGGUUUGUUGGGGAUGAGCCGUUUCAGGAGGGGUAUGUGAAUGUUACGUAUCGGAAUCUGGAGCGGAUUCAGGUUACGCCUAUCCAGUGA